GUCCGAAGCCGGCGAGGAGGAGCAGGAUGGAGCCGCCGCCGCCGUGCUCGAAGAAGAGCCUGUCCCUGUCGCUGCCCGUGCCGCGGGAGGGUCAGGCCACCCUCAAGCCCCCGCAGCACCUUUGGCGGCAGCCCCGGACCCCCAUCAAGAUCAAGCACCGCGGCUACUCGGACACGGAGAGGCACCCGCACCGGCAGAUCGAGAGGGCGGACGCCAUGGACACCAGCGACCGGCCGGGGUUGAAGAAAUGCCGCAUGUCCUGGCCGUCGUCUUUCCACGGGACCACCAGCAGCGGCGGAGGCGGCCACGCCGGCAAGCGUUUCGAGGUGGAGAAUGGCCCGUCACCUGGGCGCAGCCCGCUGGAUCCCCAGGCCAGCCCAGGUCUGGUGCUUCACCCCAGCUUUCCACAGAGCCAGAGGCGUGAGUCCUUCCUGUACCGCUCGGACAGCGACUAUGACAUGUCUCCAAAGACCAUGUCACGCAACUCGUCCAUCGCCAGUGAAGCACAUACUGAAGACCUGAUAGUGACACCAUUUGCCCAGGUCCUGGCAAGCUUGAGGAGUGUACGUAAUAAUUUCUCCAUCCUGGCAAAUGUUCCUACGCCAACAUCCAACAAGAGGUCUCCCAUGGGCAGCCAGCCAACUGUUUGCAGAGCCACGCUCUCAGAAGAAACAUACCAGCAGAUGGCCAAAGAGACCUUGGAAGAGCUAGACUGGUGCCUUGACCAGCUGGAGACCAUUCAGACGUACCGCUCUGUUAGUGAGAUGGCAUCCAACAAGUUCAAAAGAAUGCUCAACCGUGAACUAACCCACUUCUCUGAAAUGAGCCGCUCUGGAAACCAGGUCUCUGAAUAUAUUUCCAACACCUUCUUAGACAAGCAGAACGAUGUGGAGAUUCCAUCCCCAACACAGAAAGAGCGGGAGAAGAAGAAGAAGCAGCAACCCAUGUGCCAGAUCAGCGGAGUCAAGAAACUCAUGCACAGUUCCAGCCUGACCAAUUCCAGUAUUCCCCGCUUUGGGGUCAAAACUGACCAGGAAGAACCGCUCAGUAAGGAACUGGAACACCUAAACAAGUGGGGCCUUAACAUCUUCCGGGUCGCCGAGUACACCAACAAUCGGUCGCUCAGCUGCAUCAUGUAUACAAUAUUCCAGGAAAGAGACUUGCUGAAAACUUUCAAGAUCCCCGUGGACACAUUAGUCACUUACAUCAUGACGCUAGAAGACCACUAUCAUGCCGACGUGGCCUAUCACAACAGCCUCCAUGCUGCUGACGUCACGCAGUCCACUCACGUCCUUCUGUCUACACCAGCCUUGGAUGCUGUCUUCACCGACCUCGAGAUCCUGGCUGCAAUAUUUGCUGCUGCCAUCCAUGAUGUGGACCACCCUGGUGUCUCCAACCAGUUCUUGAUCAAUACCAAUUCGGAGCUGGCGCUGAUGUACAACGACGAGUCAGUACUGGAGAACCAUCACCUGGCGGUGGGUUUCAAGCUGCUGCAGGAGGAGAACUGCGACAUUUUCCAGAACCUGAGCAAGAGGCAGCGACAGACUUUGCGGAAGAUGGUCAUCGACAUGGUCCUGGCUACCGACAUGUCCAAACAUAUGAGCCUCUUGGCCGACCUCAAGACGAUGGUGGAGACCAAGAAAGUGACCAGCUCAGGGGUGCUUCUGCUGGACAACUACACUGACAGAAUACAGGUCCUGCGGAACAUGGUUCACUGUGCGGAUUUGAGCAACCCCACGAAGCCGCUGGAGCUCUAUCGGCAAUGGACAGACCGGAUCAUGGAAGAGUUCUUCCGGCAAGGGGACAAAGAGCGGGAGCGGGGCAUGGAGAUCAGCCCCAUGUGUGACAAGCACACGGCCUCUGUGGAGAAAUCGCAGGUGGGCUUCAUUGACUACAUCGUGCACCCGCUGUGGGAGACGUGGUCGGACCUGGUGCACCCAGAUGCACAAGACAUUUUGGACACCCUCGAGGACAACAGGGACUGGUACCACAGCAUGAUCCCCCAGAGCCCCCCCCCUCCGGACGACACGGAGAAGGACGACGAAGCCUGCCUGGAGAAAUUCCAGUUUGAGCUGACUCUGAGGAAGAGGGAGGACUCAGAGCAGUCUGAAAAGGACCACAGCAGCCCUGGCGACGAGGACAAUAGCUACUACACAGCCACAGAGGAGCAGCAACACGAGUCCCAGGAAGGGCAGGACAGACUAACGGACGGCACAGCGAACGACACGUCUCCCGGCACAUCAUGACUUUGGGGAGGGACAAUUGAAAAAGCAAAAAAAAACCACACACACACGAAAGUUUUCAUGAGGGAGGGGCAGGGAUAAAAAAAAACAACGAAAAAAACUCAUUUUUUAUUUUUAUUGUAUUUUUUAUAAAAAGAAAAUCAACAAGAAAAAAAAGGGAAAUAUACACAGCAACUGUAGAACCAGGUUGGCCCAAGCAAGGGGGGCAGUAGCCCUGCUGCUUCAGUGAGCGGCCCAAGCACUCCAGAAAUAAUCUUACCUUUAA